GCUGGGGAAUAGGGCCCGAUCUGGCAACACCUGGCUGCUACUCGGCUGCUAGAGUUCCCGGCGGCUUGCACACAGACAUACACACGGCGCUCCACACAAACACACACAUACACACGGAGCUCCGCACACACAAUACUGACAGCUGCGACUGACUCAGAACCAAGGGGAAAGAUGGAGCACAGAGACAGCGAUUUCAACAUACUGCUAGCGACCGACUCCUACAAGGUCACACAUUACAAGCAGUACCCGCCCAACACCAGCAAAGUGUACUCCUACUUUGAGUGCCGGGAGACCAGAACGGAGCCCACAAAGAACCGGAAGGUCAAGUAUGACAAGACGGUGUUCUACGGCCUGCAGUACAUCCUCCACAAGUACCUCAAAGGGAAGGUGGUGACCCCUGAGAAGAUCCAGGAGGCCAAAGAGGUCUACAGGGAACACUUCCAGGAUGAUGUCUUCAACGAGAAAGGCUGGAACUACAUCCUGGAGAAAUACGAUGGCCACCUGCCCAUCGAGAUCAAGGCGGUACCAGAAGGCAGUGUGAUCCCGCGGGGGAACGUCCUGUUCACCGUGGAGAGCACCGACCCCGAGUGCUACUGGCUUACCAACUGGGUGGAGACGAUCCUGGUCCAGAUCUGGUACCCCAUCACCGUGGCGACCAACUCCAGGGAGCAGAAGAAGAUCCUGGCCAAGUUCCUCCUGGAGACCUCUGGCAACCUGACGGGCCUGGAGCUGAAGCUGCACGACUUUGGAUACCGGGGCGUCUCAUCCCAGGAGACGGCAGGGAUCGGAGCCUCCGCCCACCUGGUCAACUUCAAGGGCACCGACACCGUCGCCGGGAUCGGGGUCAUCAAGAAGUACUACGGGACCAAGGACCCCGUGCCCGGCUUCUCCGUGCCCGCCGCGGAGCACAGCACCAUCACAGCAUGGGGCAAGGACCACGAGAAGGACGCCUUCGAGCACAUCAUCAAGCAGUUCCCCAACGUUCCCGUGUCCAUCGUGAGCGACAGCUACGACAUCUACAACGCCUGCGAGAAGAUCUGGGGCGAGGACCUGAGGAGCCUGAUCGUGUCCCGCAGCGCCGACGCUCCCCUGGUGGUCCGGCCCGACUCAGGAGACCCCCUGGACACCGUCCUGAAGGUCCUGGAGAUCCUUGGUAAGAAGUUUCCCCCGACGGAGAACUCCCUGGGCUACAGGGUCCUGCCCCCCUACAUCAGAGUGAUCCAGGGGGACGGAGUGGACAUCAACACCCUGCAAGAGAUCGUGGAGGGUCUGAAGGAGCAGAAGUGGUCCAUCGAGAACAUCUCCUUCGGCUCCGGGGGCGCCCUGCUGCAGAAGCUGACCCGGGACCUGCUCAACUGCUCCUUCAAGUGCAGCUACGUGGUGACCAACGGACUGGGGGUGAACGUGUUCAAGGACCCGGUGGCCGACCCCAACAAGAGGUCAAAGAAGGGGCGUCUGUCCCUGCACCGCACCCAGAGCGGCCACUUCGUCACCCUGGAGGAGGGCAAGGGGGACCUGGAGGAGUACGGAGUGGACCUCCUGCACACGGUGUUCCAGAACGGCAAGAUCGUGAAGACGUACACGUUCGACGACGUCAGAGACAAUGCCAAGCUCAAAGACACAGAGAAGGAGGAGCUGCUCAAAUAAGCCCCCCCCCCCCCUUACAUAACCACCCCCCGCCAAACCCCACCCCACGCAGAACACCCCCCCCCCUCCCCCCCAUUCCUCACCUCCUUGGCCUCCACUGUCACCCAGCGUGCGGAGGUAGGGUGCACUGAUGUUGAUGGCCCUGUGACCCCCCCCCCACCACGACCCCCUGUCCCCCCAGGUGAGACAUAGAGAGAGAGAGAGAGAGAGAGAGAGAGAGAGAGAGAGAGAGAGAGAGAGAGAGAGAGAGAGAGAGAGAGAAUUCAGAUGUUGACCACGUUGGUCGACCACACCUCUUUUCCCCACCUAGCAGCUUCACCAUUCCCACCCCCCCCCCCCCCCCCCCCCCCUCGCCGAACCGAUUGGCCCUCGUCUUCUUCGGCAUAAAAAAAAAAAAAAAAAAGUCACAGCUUCCUUCCAGCGAUCUGUGUAAACUCCUGUCUCAUGUUUGUCUUUUUGUUGUUAAUUUGGUUGCUUGGUCACUGACGACCGGUCUUUAGAGAGAGGGAGAGAGCGAGGGGGAGAGUGAGAGAGAGGGGGGGAGAGAGAGAGAGGGGGGGAGAGGGAGAGAGGGAGGGAGAGUGAGGGAGGGAGGGAGGGAGAGUGAGGGAGGGAGGGAGAGAGAGUGGGAGGGAGGGAGAGAGAGACGACAGAAGAUGUGAGCUGGAGAGAAAGUGAAAGUGAUGCUAAUCCACAUCCAACCAUAUCGAUGACAUGUCCUUACCCCCCUCCCUCCCCCCCAUAUAUGGUGUACAGAGCUGUGGAAAACCUAUAUAUGUUUAAAUACUGUUUAAAGUCAACUUUGUCUUUUCAUGUGAAGGAGGGAAAUAAUGCGUAUGUUUUUUGAUUGGUUGCACUGAUUAGGUGUGUCAGCUCUUAAGUCCUGCACUACUGGGGAUUUGGGGUCUGGCCCCCGUAUAAAGAAGAUUAGUCAAUGUGAUGAUGUGUUUGUAUGCAUUUUAUUUGCAUUUUGUGUAAUAUUUUAACUUUGUACUACACACUGAUUUCUUUCCCACUGAUCUGUUUUCCCAUUCGAUCCUUGCAGCUUAAAUUGUGUCUCACCAAAAGAAGUGCUUCUUUCAUUAUUAUAUAGGUCUAAUUAAUAUACUCUGCGGAGUCUGCAUGAGUGAAAUACACUUAUUAAUCGUAACUAGCAACCAACGAAAUGUGAUUGGUGUUUUCCACGAGUGUAAAUUAGUCGUUCUCCUUGCUUCUAGAACUAGAACUGCUUUUCCCAGAAUGCACUGUUUGAACAUACACUGACGAUGGUGCCGUCCCUCAAUUCCGGUCGAUAUAGUUCGGACUAAUGCACUUUGUUUUUGCUGGUUUGAUGAGAAGACCUUUGGCCACCAGAAGUCGUUCAGAUAUCUUUUUUCAGGAAUCAAUUGGGGCGAAGUUUCCUUUUUAGUGGAUUUGAACUGAGUUGUCCAAAAUUUUUCAAAAAUAGGUAUGUAGAGUUAUUAAGGAAUGAUUCCAGGAAUAUAAGACUUCUUACAGCAGUAAAAGUCCCCUUCAUAACAAAUUCCACAUCUAAACCACAAAAUGUUCACAGUAAAACAAUACGUAUAUCGGACAAUGACUAUUCCUCUAAUCCCCCUGGAUAGGCGUGUGAGAUGUUAAAUGUUCCUCCAGUGAUUGACUAUGUGAGAGUGUGCAUGGACUGCUGUAAGCACACUGACGUUUUCUUCCUUUUCAAAGUGAGUCAGUUAUUUUUAUGCAAAUCUGUUUUCUGAGUGGGGGGGGGGGGUGGGACAUCUAGGGAAUUUAAAAUCACUCUUCCUUUAAGUUGCUUGGCUUUUUGUUGUGAUUGGACGACAGGCUGUAGGAAUGCUAACACCGUUGCUACGGGCUCAGUAGAGGAAUUUUAACAUCAGUCACAACAGACAGAGGAUAAAUACAUACUUUAAGGUUGAAGAGAAGCAGGUCUUUCGGAUUUGUCUAUCAAUUCAACAUUGUCCUGUGUAUCACUGCUUUAAUCCCCCCCUCCCACAGACAAGCAGGAAACACUUCCCCAAGAGAUGAUUCUGGAAAGUUGGAACGUGCCAAUUGGGUGUUGAAGGGGGGGUGUACGUUUAACUGGACUACCACUUCCCAACAGCUCUUAAAGCCCGGGUACGAAUCCCGUCCCAGAGUCCUGUGUGUGGGGUAACAUCUGUUCGUAUCCUCCUUUCUUCUCCAUGGGCGAUGAGAUAGAAUAUACGUGUGGAUAUGAAGGAAAUGCAACUGCCAACUGCUGUGGAAAAGCUUUCGCUGUGCCCAUGGUACCCUAACCUAGUGGCCUUGGGCCCUUUUGACCCUUGCAACAUUCUUCCCAUCGCUCACGAAACAAAACAUAACAUCUCGUCAUGCGUGGCAACUGUGCUACCAUAGUUAGCCGUUGUGGUGCUUUUACCGUUUACGGGGAUCGGAAUCUUGGGAUUUCAUCAAGUCCAGUUGGAAUCUUGUGAUGUCAUCAAGUCGUCUCUUCCUGCCUGCUUUUUAAAGGGCACUCGACCCCAAACUGGAAUGCCAACCGUACAUCUCAAAGCAUUAUGAGCCUAGCCUAGUCGUUUUAUUAUGUCUCCCUUUUUUAUGUUAUGCGGUUCACUCUUAAGUGGAAAAACAAAAAUGUUUUUGGUUUAAUAUUUUGAUACUAUCUGGGUUCUGAUUACCUCUAAAGAAAAUAUUAUUUUGUAUGACAUACGGUCAGGAGGUCGAAAUGAAGCCAAUAUUGCAGUAAAUAGUUGAUUUACAAAUGUUUGCGGCCAAACUGCCCUCUUGCUUGUCAAUACCACAAGGUAUCUGACUGAGGAAGAAGAGGGUAGGUGAGGAAGGAAGGAAAGCUCUGGAAAUUAUCAUUCUUUCAUUUUUGUUUUUCAAACGUACCGUUUUCUACCAACAGUUAUCCAAAAGUGUGUGUGUUUGUAUGACACAUGAGUCAGUCAUUGUGCUUCAGUCUGUUAACGGGUAUGUAUGUGUGUGUGUGUGUGUGUGUGUGUGUGUGUGUGUGUAUCUUUGUGCGUAUGCGUGUGUGUGUGGACCUGUGUGAAUGCUACUGCGUGAUUAUAUUACAAAAUACAAAUGAAGUGAUUUUUCUUUCUUUUCUUUGUCGUUUCAUCGUAUGUAUAUGCUGGUUGUCCCACGUUCUCUCCCCACACAAGCUCCCCGAUAUUUUAACUGACAUAAUUGUUGCUCUAAUGUCAACACGGCAUUGAUUAAAGGUCACACCAUGUCGAUGUGAA